UCUCUCUCUCUCUCUCUCUCUCUCUCUCUCUCUCUCUCUCUCUCUCAGAAGGAGUAAUGAAGAGGACCACCAUGUAGACAGAAUGCAGACAUUGACAGACUGCAGACGGAGAUAGAAGAAGCAGAAUGGGAACAUGCAUCUGGAGCGGCUCCCGAUUGACUCACAGUAACAGAAGCCCAGAAGGGAUCGUAAUUCUCCUGUGGACGUACGUCGCUCCUCUCGCCGCUCUCUCGCUGCUGGUCUCACUGGUCUAGCUGGCUUCCCUUAGUGUUCUCUGGAUGGUCGUACGGUCUUCUCUCCACACUGUCGCUGACUGAGGGAUCUCAGCCUGUCUCUGUAUCUCAAAGUGACAACAGGAUUUAGCUCUCCCUCUGUCUGUCGGUGGGCGCUGCAGCAUCUGUCUCUCUCUCUUUCUCUCUCUCUCUAUCGUGUGGUUUUCACCAGUAUCACCGGUAUUGCCGGGCGCAUUCCAGUGGCAUUCAUCCCUCUUCCUCUCCUCAUUUCGAGAAUCCCUCUCUCUCUCUCUCUCAACCCACACAACCCCCUCGUAAAGCUUUGUCUGAGGUUUGUACUCCUUCUUCGUCGAGUUACUGAGCAAUACUAGUCAGUCAUCAUGGGGGACCUGACCAACAGUGAUUAUUACUCUAAGAACCAAAGAAACGAUGUCAGCAGUAACCACGAGGGGGGCUUUGGGGUCUCGGUCAUGGAGCUGCGUGAACUCAUGGAGCUGAGAGGCAGCGAGGCGGUGGUUAAGAUCCAGGAGGAGUACGGGGACAUGGACGGGCUCUGUCAACGGCUGAAAACAUCACCCACAGAAGGCUUAACAGGAGACGCAACCGACCUAGAUAAGAGGAAAGAAGUGUAUGGGGAAAACCUAAUACCUCCGAAGAAGCCAAAGACCUUCCUCCAGUUAGUAUGGGAAGCCCUGCAGGACGUGACUCUGAUCAUCUUGGAGGUGGCUGCCCUGAUCUCUCUGGGACUGUCCUUCUAUCAGCCUCCGGGAGGGGACAGCGGAGAAUCCUGUGGGACAGCGGCGGCGGGUGCAGAGGAUGAGGGUGAGGCCGAGGCCGGCUGGAUAGAGGGAGCAGCCAUCUUGCUGUCUGUAGUGUGUGUGGUUCUGGUGACGGCCUUCAACGACUGGAGCAAGGAGAAGCAGUUCAGAGGGCUGCAGAGCCGCAUCGAGCAGGAGCAGAAGUUCCAGGUGGUCAGAGGUGCUCAGGUCAUCCAGCUCCCGGUCGCUGACAUCGUGGUCGGGGACAUCGCACAAAUCAAGUAUGGUGACCUGCUUCCAACAGAUGGAGUGUUGAUACAGGGGAACGACCUGAAGAUAGACGAGAGUUCACUAACAGGAGAGUCUGAUCACGUCAAGAAAGCAGCCGACAGAGACCCGAUGCUGCUGUCUGGUACCCAUGUGAUGGAGGGUUCCGGCAGGAUGCUGGUAACAGCUGUAGGGGUCAACUCUCAGACCGGCAUCAUCUUUACUCUGCUGGGGGCCGGAGAGCCAGGGGAGGAGGAGAAGAAGGAGAAGAAAGACUGCCCCCAUCCCUCUGCCCACCCCAUCGCAACUAUAGCCACCGAUGGUGCUGCAGGUGGUUUUGCACCUGGCAAUGCCAGCCUAGUCAAUGGUAAAAUACAGGAUGACAAUAUGGAGAACAACCAGACUAAAGUGAAGAAACAGGACGGAGCGGCUGCUAUGGAGAUGCAGCCUCUGAAGAGCGCCGAGGGAGGAGAGAUGGAGGAGAAGGAGGAGAAGAAGAAAGCAAACGUCUCCAAGAAGGAAAAGUCUGUCCUCCAGGGGAAACUGACCAAGCUGGCUGUUCAGAUCGGCAAAGCAGGUCUGGUGAUGUCAGCCAUCACAGUGAUCAUCCUGGUGCUGUACUUUGCUGUGGACAACUUUGUCCUGCAGAAGAGGCCGUGGCUGACGGAGUGCACCCCCAUCUACGUCCAGUACUUUGUUAAGUUCUUCAUCAUCGGUGUCACCGUGCUGGUGGUGGCUGUACCCGAGGGGCUGCCCCUGGCCGUCACCAUCUCCCUGGCAUACUCUGUCAAGAAAAUGAUGAAAGAUAAUAACCUGGUUCGCCACCUGGAUGCAUGUGAGACGAUGGGUAACGCCACGGCCAUCUGCUCCGACAAGACCGGCACGUUGACCACCAACCGCAUGACUGCCGUGGCGUGCUACGUGGGGGAUGUCCACUACAAGGAGAUACCAGACCCUGGACUUCUGUCUGUUAAGUCUCUGGAUAUCCUUGUCAACGCCAUCUCCCUCAACAGCGCGUACACCACCAAGAUACUGCCUGCCACCAAGGAGGGUGGUCUGCCCAUGCAGGUGGGCAACAAGACAGAGUGUGGCCUGCUUGGCCUGGUGCUGGACCUGAAGAGAGACUACCAACCCGUCCGUAACCAGAUCCCAGAGGAGAAACUCUACAAGGUGUACACCUUCAACUCGGUCAGGAAGUCCAUGUCCACGGUCAUCAAACUACCAGACGGCUCCUUCAGGAUGUACAGCAAAGGAGCCUCCGAGAUCGUCCUCAAGAAGUGCACUAAGAUCCUGAACCAGGAAGGCGAGCCGCGGGUGUUCCGUCCCCGGGACAAGGACGAGAUGGUGAAGAAGGUGAUCGAGCCGAUGGCGUGUGACGGGCUGCGGACCAUCUGCGUGGCGUACCGUGACUUCCCUGGCGACCCAGAACCCCUCUGGGACAACGAGAACGAUAUCCUCAAUGAGCUGACGGCUGUCUGCGUGGUCGGCAUAGAGGACCCUGUCAGGCCAGAGGUGCCUUCUGCUAUUGUGCGGUGCCAGCGUGCGGGCAUCACGGUGCGCAUGGUGACAGGUGACAACAUCAACACAGCCAGGGCCAUCGCCAUCAAGUGUGGCAUCAUCCACCCUGGAGAAGACUUCCUGUGUAUCGACGGCAAGGAGUUCAACAGGAGGAUCCGCAACGAGAAGGGAGAGGUUGAGCAGGAGCGCAUGGACAAGGUGUGGCCUAAACUGCGAGUCCUGGCUAGAUCCUCCCCUACUGAUAAACACACAUUGGUUAAAGGCAUCAUAGACAGCUGCUUGACAGACCAGAGACAGGUGGUUGCGGUGACAGGAGACGGGACUAACGAUGGGCCAGCCCUGAAGAAGGCUGACGUGGGAUUUGCCAUGGGUAUAGCCGGUACAGACGUGGCCAAGGAGGCGUCUGACAUCAUAUUAACGGACGAUAACUUCAGUAGCAUAGUGAAGGCUGUGAUGUGGGGGAGGAACGUCUACGACAGCAUCUCCAAGUUCCUCCAGUUCCAGCUGACUGUCAACGUGGUGGCUGUCAUAGUGGCCUUCACUGGGGCCUGCAUCACACAGGAUUCUCCCCUGAAGGCGGUCCAGAUGCUGUGGGUGAACUUGAUAAUGGACACCUUUGCGUCCUUGGCGCUGGCGACGGAGCCCCCCACCGAGGCCCUGCUGAUGAGGAAGCCGUACGGCCGCAACAAACCGCUGAUCUCCAGCACCAUGACCAAGAACAUCCUGGGACACGGCAUCUAUCAGCUGGUCAUCAUCUUCUCCCUGCUGUUCGUCGGUGAGCAGAUCUUUGACAUAGACAGUGGUCGUCACGCUCCACUCCACUCCCCUCCGUCAGAACACUACACCAUCAUUUUCAACACCUUCGUCCUCAUGCAGCUUUUCAACGAGAUCAACGCCAGGAAGAUCCACGGAGAGAGGAACGUCUUCGACGGAAUCUUCAGGAACCCUAUCUUCUGUUCCAUCGUCUUUGGAACAUUCGCCAUCCAGAUUGUGAUCGUGCAGUUUGGAGGGAAGCCGUUCAGUUGUACUCCUCUGGAUUUGGAAAAGUGGGGAUGGUGCACCUUCCUGGGUCUAGGAGAGUUGGUCUGGGGACAGGUGAUCGCCACUAUCCCUAACAGCAAGCUGCGGUUUCUGCGAGGGGCGGGUCAGCUGACCAAGAAGAACGAAAUGCCUGGGGACGAGGACAUGAACGAGGACAACGAGGAGAUCGACCACGCGGAGAGAGAGCUGCGACGCGGACAGGUCCUCUGGUUCAGGGGGCUCAACCGCAUUCAGACUCAGAUUCGCGUCGUGAAUGCAUUCCGUAGCUCCCUCUACGAAGGCCUUGAGAAACCAGACUCUAGACCGUCCAUCCAUAACUUCAUGACCCACCCAGAGUUUAGGAUAGAAGACACCACGCCUCACAUCCCCCUGAUAGACGACACUGACCUGGAAGAGGACCCUGCGUUGAGGAUGAUCCCUCAGUCCCAGACAGGCAGCCAGCCCCAGUCCCCCAACAAGAACAACAACGCCGUUGACAGCGGCAUCAACCUCACCAUCGACACCACCAGUAAAUCAGCUGCAUCCUCCGGCCCAGCCAGCCCACUGCACAGUCUGGAGACCUCCCUCUAGUGGCCUGCAGCUGGCUGGUGGAGACCUCAUCUGCAACCUUGGAGACACCAGCCCACUGCAGCCCUUGGAGACCUCUAGCAACACCUUCUGAUAGCCUGGCUGGUGGAGACCUCCGUCUGCAAUCUGGAGACCUCCUUCACUGCCAUUUGGAGACCUUUCCCUACUGCAACAUAGAGACCCUUCUCUACUGCAAUAUAGAGACCUUUCUCUAUUGCAAUAUAGAGACCUUUCUCUAUUGCAAUAUAGAGAGCUUUCUCUACUGCAAUAUAGAGACCUUUCUCUACUGCAAUAUAGAGACCUUUCUGUACUGCAAUAUAGAGACCUUUCUCUACUGCAAUAUAGAGACCUUUCUCUACAGCAAUAUAGAGAGCUUUCUCUACUGCAAUAUAGAGACCUUUCUCUACAGCAAUAUAGAGAGCUUUCUCUACUGCAAUAUAGAGACCUUUCUCUACAGCAAUAUAGAGAGCUUUCUCUACUGCAAUAUAGAGAGCUUUCUCUUGAGGCCUGGUGGAGAUAUCUACUGCAGCCUGGUGGCUCCCACACUGCAGGUUGGAGACUUCUGUCUUUCAGUCUCUUGGAUACCUCCUUUUGUCUGCAGUUUGGAGACCUUCCUCUAGCCUCAGUCUGUCUCCUGCAAUCUCUCCUCCUGUACCUGGAGAAAACAUCAUACCACACAUACAAUCAGAAAGCACAACAAAGCCAACACACAGGACAUGUGUGUGUACUGUAUGUGUGUGUGUGUGUGUGUGUGUGUGUGUGUGUGCGCGCGCUGCUGACUGACUGAACCAUGUUUCUAGCAGCAGUGAAGAGGAGGACCAGAAAGUGAGUGGAAAAAACAGCAUAAACUACAACCCACUCCUCUCUCCGUCCUCACAUUAACAAUGACUGUUUCUCCUAAUAGAUUCAAUUAAAAACAUUUAUUAUUGCUCCUGCAUGAAUGUACAUUAUCCAAUGUUUUUAUUUAAAUAGUUGUUUUUAAUUUGAUUGGGUGGGUGAGAAGGGGAUUGCUUCUUUAAGGCAGCUUUAUCCGAUCGUUGGUCUGCGAGUUCUUUAAGUGUAAAAAUGUAUUUGGUUUAUAAAAAUGAGACGUGUGUCAAGGCCGUAGGACUCAACAAGCACAGUAGAUUUACACCUGUUGGAAAAGAGGAACCCAUAAAUAAAUAACAUUUCUUAAACUUAUGAUAUAUAAAUAUAUAUAUAUAUAUAUAUAUACACACAGAGUUUAUCUUCAUUUGUUGGCAUGUUGCCUUGUUUCUGCUUCGAUGGCUCGAACUACUUUUAACUUAUUUAUGUGCUUUAAGAGAAUGUCAUUGGUUUACAACACCCGUAGAAACGUCCUGGUUGAUUCGUAGGGUUCCAAACCAUUCAGCAGAUGUAGUUGGAAAAAAAAAACUCAAGUUGUUUGAGUUCUCCUCAUUGGUGUUUAUAAUAUACCGUGUACUGGACUUGCCUGCUAUCAAAUACUGUAGAUAUUUUUUUAGAGGAUAACAAAAGAAAACCAAAAUAUUAUGGGAUGUAAUAAUUCAUGUUAGCUAAUAUUAUAUGAUUGUUGGGAUGAACUUUGAACCUUUGUUUCCAAACAGAGAUGUUAAUAAGACUAAAGGUUUUAUUUCUUUGAUUACAAUUUUUCUUAUUUUUCUUAUUUUUUGUUCAAAGCUUGAAAUGUAACUUAAAUGGAGACUUACUCUGAGCUGAGCGGCCGAACAGGCCUUCUAUAACGGACAUGUCUCCUAUAUAAAAACGUCUAGUUUUAAGGAUUUCAAAAUUUUAUUUUGUGUGACCAUCAAAGGCUGCGAUGGAUUUAUAUUAGAAAUUGCAAACUAUAUUUGUUUUAUCUGUAUAGAAAAAUCUAAAAGUUGUGUUGAAAAUCUUGUGAAAUAAUGUGUUGAUUGAUUGUUUUAUUAUUUUAUUGAUUUCUUGUUUUCCUUUUGAAAAAUAAUAAGAAAAAAAAAACCACACGGAGAUCCAAAGUUAUUGGCAUUUUGAACGACAAAAAAAAAAAAAUAAUAAUAAUAAUAAUGAUGCUUCAACUCGUUAUAAACAACAACAAAAACAUUUUUUAAAAAAGAAGAAAUUUCCUCACUAUCAGGAUAUGAAUGAAACCCCUUUUUGGUGUGCUUUUAGAUGUGUUUCUGUGGUGUUUUAACCAAGCUUGUCUUCCUGCCUUCACCGAGUCAACUCUAGCAUCUCAACACUAUUCACUUAGUUGUUAGAACUAUUUAUUGUGCUUUAAAAAAAAAAUUUAAAAAAGGAUGUGGGAGAUUACAAAAGAAGCCACACUUAACUUACUAUAUAUCAAAAGGCACAGAGGCGUUCAUAGCACACACUCUUGUGUUAUUGUAAUAUUCCUACAACCAAUUGGAGUCAUGGAAAAGCAUGAUGUAAUAUGCUCAAUAUGCAAGUUGAACCAAUCCCAAUCGUUCUAAAUGAAUCCCGUGGUAAUUAUGCGUUGACCUGAUUUCUCUUUUAUUAAACCAAUUCUGCCGUCGGAUUAGGAGAGGGUGCACAAGCUCUCAACGCUUAGCUCAGGCCUGUUGAACAAGCUAAGGACUUGUUGUUGUUGUUGUUGUUGUUGUUGAAACAGCUCUAUUUUCAUUCAGAAAUGGUCUUGACUUCUGCAGUUGCUUUUAAAACCGCUUGAUUUUUCUUUUUUGUAUUUUUUUUUCUCCUUCGGGUAAAACAUUAUUAUUAUUUUUUUUACAUCAAAAGAUUUUCAGCCAACAUUUUAUUUUUUAUUUUUUAACAUCACAUCUAUACAUUCAAGCUAUACGUUCAGCUUUAAGGGGAUGCAACAGUGUGUUCCAUGUACAUUACUUCUAAGAGGAAUGUCUUCUAAGAGGAAUGUCUUCUAAGAGGAAUGUCUUCUAAGAGGAAUGUCUUCUAAGAGGACAUACACACAACGGUCCAUCCGUCCAGGCUAGUGGGCUGUACUUUACUAAACUCUGCUUGUACUCUAAGCAAUUCCUCCAUAGCAGAAUUCAUUACUGAUCAGGGGCCCCCGUAUUCACAAAGCAACUCAGGUCUAGGAUCAGCCCCCCCCCCCCCCCUCAAACGGAUACUAGAUUACAUCUCCUAUUCUGAGACACUUUGUGAAUAUGGUCCCUGAGUCAUUCUAGUCUCAACCAGACCACCAGGCCCUGUAUUCAUAAUGUUUAUCACAGUAGGAGUUCUGAUCUAGGAUCAGUUUGACCUUUUUUAGAUAAUAGUGAAUAAGAUUAUUAUAGAAAAAUGGGGGGGGGGGGGGGUACCUGAUCCUAGACCAGCAAUCCUACUCUGAAUACGGGCUCAGACCUCAGUCUGUUCAUCAUGUCAACAUACACACGCUUCACUAAACUCAUCCAACUAAUGUUAUAAAUAAUAAUAAUGAUCCUAAUAAGGAGGACACUUCUUGCAAUAGGUCACCUGCCUCUGUGUACUUUACCUAGCAGCAUGCCAUUUUGUGGAGCAAAGAAAUCGUCAAAAUGCCAACGUGGAAUGUGGCAUUCUAGCCGAUUUGAUGGGUAUAAAUGAUACGUUUCUUUCCCGGCAUCCUACAUCUUGUUUUUAUGAAUUGUUUUAUCUAUACAAUAAUUGUAAAUAAAGAACUCAAUGUCUUUUGUUCAUUUAAUACUAUGCAAAAAGUCAUGCUUUCUGAUUGUAACACCCCCCCACCCCCCGUCCCAUGUUUGUGGUUUCAAAAGUCAGUAAAAAAAAAAAUGUGUUGUAAAUUAUUUUCUAGCUUGACGAACGUUAUACGAACUGUGACUCUUGUUGCUGCUUAACUGUCCAUUACCACAACUCCCAAGACAGGAGCAAGCGCAAGUGAAAAAUAAAUUAACAAUGAAAAAAAUCACUAAAUAAAUUUCUAGAGCAGCAUGAA